UCUAGAUUCCAUCACAAACGCUCAGUGAUUCUAUAUACACCAUCUUCCCCUUCGCCACACACUUGGCCAUAUAAACUUGUAAAUCAUGGUACGCCACAAGAAAGAUAACUUUCGGGGAGGAAAGAAUGCCCCGCGAUCGCGACCGAGGCCAGCGCGCCAUGUUGACGAUACCGAGCAACCCGACGAUGCUCAGCCCCCUCCUUUCAAGGCUGCCUGUUGGGACUUGAACCAUUGCGACCCGAAGCGCUGCUCCGGCAAGAAACUGAUCAGGCUUGGUCUCAUGCGCGACCUGCAUCUCGGCCAGCGCCACAACGGCGUCAUUAUUACCCCCAACGGCAAGCACACCCUGUCGCCGGCCGAUCGCGAGCUCAUGGAUCAGUAUGGCGCUGCCGUCGUCGAGUGCUCAUGGGCACGGACACAGGAGGUACAGUGGAACAAGGUCGGCGGCAAAUGCGAACGCCUACUACCCUAUCUCGUCGCUGCGAAUACCGUCAAUUACGGCAAACCCUAUCGCUUGAACUGUGUCGAGGCCCUGGCCGCGUCUUUCUAUAUCUGCGGCCACCCAGACUGGGCUGAACAAGUCCUUCUUCCCUUCAACUACGGCGAAUCGUUUCUCGCCAUCAACUCGAAAUUACUCAAGAAGUAUGCUGCUUGCGAGGACGAGGAUGCUAUUAAGAGGACCGAAAAGGAAUGGCUAGAACGCUUAGAGCGGGAACAUGCCGAAAGCCGCGAGAAUGACGAUGACGAUGAUCUUUGGAAGGGAGGAAAUGUGAAUCGCAGGGCUAUCAUAGACUCUGACUCUGAAGAAGAUGAGAAUGGGAACAACGACGAUGACGACAGCAACGAUGAUGAUGAUGAAGAUGGCGAAAAUGAAAGCGUGGAUGGUAUAUACCUUGGAAAGAAACCUGCCCAAUGGCCCAAACCAGGCGAUACCAUAGAGGAUCCUAGAAGGGCGCAGAAAAAGAAGGAUCCUUUUGAUAUAACAGACGACGAGGAUGAUGAGGCCGAGAUGGAGGAGAUUCGACGCAAGAUCCUGGCGUCAAAGCCUUUCGCCGAGCCUGACGAUCUUGACAAGAAACCUAAGCCAGAAGCCAUUCCCCCUCCGCAGCCGCAGAAAUACGAAGUCGAUUUAGACAUGCGACCUGACUCUGACAACGACAACUAUUCGGACGUCGGCAUCGACGAUACAUUUGAUAACAUCAUCGAUGCGACGCCAUUAACUGAUCGGACGGGCUUAGCGAAGCUGGAGAAGGAGAGACCCAAGGCAGCCAUAACCACCCGCACAUUUACAUCGGGGGGCGCUACAGCACCUCGCAGGUGGUGAUUAGAUCAGAGCUCACUGCAAGUUUGUAACCACUAAAUAGAUCAUUGAUUGGAACAUAUGGUAUACCCAAUUAAGUAGGUGAGU